GGGGUAAUGAGGUGAGAGUGUGGGAUGCAGUUGGUGGAAAACUCCUCUCAAAGUUGUCUCAGCAUCACAAAACCAUUACAAGUUUAGCAUUUGCCUCGGACAAGAAACGAUUGCUCUCAGGGUCACUGGACAGUCACGUAAAGAUCUACGAUGUCAGUACCUACACUGUUGUGCACAGUCUUGACUUUCCUGCGCCAGUUUUGUGUAUGGGAGUAGCUCCUAAGGACUCAACGCUUGUUGUUGGAAUGAUAUCUAGUGGAUCUGGACUGAUAUCCUUCCAGCAUCGACGAACAGAAACUGCACAGAAGCCUCUCCCUGGGAAGGACACAUCAAAGAAGGCUAAAAAUAUUUAUAUUGAGGACACCAGGAUGAGGGUUGGCGAUCAUGUGGUUAAUCCAGAAGAAAUGGCAGCUCUGGCUAAAUAUGAUGUCCAUCUUCGGAAGUUUCAGUACAGCAAGGCGCUGGAUGCAGUUCUUGUGCCUUAUGUCUGCAGAGCAAAGCCCCACAUCACUGUGAAUGUUCUUCGUGAACUGAUAAAGCGUAGAGGCUUAAAAACAGCUGUUGCUGGAAGGGACGCCAAGGAGUUGACUCGUCUGAUGGAAUUUAUAAAGAAAAACAUUCGUCACCCCUUAUACAAGCAGACAUUGAUGGAUGUCACACACUCACUCAUUGAUGUAUAUGAAGAUGAGUUGGAUAACAGCCCUGCUCUAGUGAAGCAUUUCAGGAACUUAAGGAGUGAGCUGAGGAAUGUAUGUAUCACCAUCUUUGAGGGUCUGUAGGGAGCAAAUGAUGUCAGUUCAUGAUAAAGGAGUCACCAGGUAUUUCUUUUUUCACACGUAAACCAACAAGAAUUACGUGAGUUCUUGCAGGCAACCUGCUGGAUUUUCCAUUCUUCUAAUGGCUACUGGAAUUGCAAACUUAGUUCUGUGGGUGCUUUCAACAUGCGCAUGCAAAUCAGUAAAUUUGUGUGUGCACUUGUCCUCCCGUAUCUUCUAAUCGUACAAAAUUUCCAGUAACAAAUAACAUGGUGUACUUUCACUUCACUCAAUAACUUCAUUUUUCCAGGUGAUGAGACAACCUACCAAAGAAGCCCCAUUUCAAAUGAUGAGAGUGCAGACCUCAAAGAACAAGAUGUCCAGAUAGAACAUGCAGAUCAAAAGCAAUGAUGGAAAUGGCAAGAGUAGAAGUAGAGGAAGUAGAAACAGCAGCUCAUGAUGACUGAGGGAUGGCAGGAAUAUGGCAUUCAAACACUGCUUUGAGAGUUAAUUCUGAAUUGUACUACACCACAGACCUUUGAAAAAUAGUGAAUAUGACCAGAUGAAAACAAUUUUGUCUAUAAUGAACGUACAAAAAGGACAAUGGUAAUGUUUAGGGUACAAAAGCAGUGUCUCAUUGAGGUUAACAGAAUCUUGCACACCCUGCUAGUGCAAUCCCCCUUAUUAGAUAUAAUAGCAUGACUUCCCUUGCGUUGUAUUCAACUUGACAGAUCUUAGGUGCUAGAAAACUUAUUUAAAUUGGAGGUACGUAUUAAUAAAAAGAAUGAGACAUAUUUCAUCUUCACAAAUUAGGUAUGUCUUUAAGGGCAUCCAGACAUUGAUCAUGUGGAUAAAAUUGCCCUCAAGG